GUUCCUAUAGCAACCGCCCCAGGUCCACGCGUAGACGGCGAGUGGCAAGGGUCAAAUAGAUUUGCCAAGUAGAAACCCUCGACCUGUUCAGUCCUCGCCUUCAGUGCGAUGGACCUUUAAGCGUCACGUGACUCCCCUCGGACUUGUCCCCGCCUCUUUCCCCUCCCCAGGCCCGGGCGAGCGCUGUUGUGGACGGGAAGCUCCCGGCCCGGCGAACUAACUGGAGCGCGGACGCUGCAGCCGGUUGGGCCGGUGUACUUUCCCGCUCUGGAAAGGAAGAGAAAUGGAAGUGAGAAAGUUGAGCAUUUCCUGGCAGUUCUUGAUAGUUCUGGUUCUGAUCCUGCAAAUUCUGUCUGCGUUGGAUUUUGACCCAUACAGAGUCCUAGGGGUCAGCCGAACAGCCAGUCAGGCUGAUAUUAAAAAGGCUUAUAAGAAGCUCGCCCGGGAAUGGCAUCCUGACAAAAACAAAGAUCCUGGAGCAGAAGACAAGUUCAUUCAAAUCAGUAAGGCUUAUGAGGUAUCGUGUGUAGGAAUUGGCGUGGUCCAUGCUGGGUAUGAGAGACGCCUGGCGCAUCACCUGGGGGCACACAGCACGCCCUCUAUCCUAGGAAUCAUUAACGGGAAAAUCUCCUUCUUCCACAAUGCAGUUGUCCGUGAAAAUCUGCGACAAUUUGUAGAAAGUCUUCUUCCAGGGAACUUGGUGGAGAAAGUUACAAAUAAAAAUUAUGUCAGAUUCCUCUCUGGCUGGCAGCAAGAGAAUAAGCCUCAUGUCCUUCUGUUUGACCAAACGCCCAUUGUGCCACUGUUAUACAAGUUGACUGCCUUUGCAUACAAAGAUUAUUUGUCAUUUGGAUACGUAUAUGUGGGUUUGAGAGGAACAGAAGAGAUGACGAGGCGGUACAACAUCAAUGUCUACACCCCCACCCUCUUGAUCUUCAAAGAACAUAUAAACAAGCCUGCCGAUGUUAUCCAGGCCCGAGGUAUGAAGAAGCAAAUCAUUGACGACUUCAUCGCCCAAAACAAAUAUCUAUUGGCAGCCAGGCUCACCAGCCAGAAGUUGUUCCAUGAACUCUGCCCUGUGAAACGGUCUCACCGACAGAGGAAGUACUGUGUGGUUUUACUGACUGCUGAGACUGCCAAGUUGAGCAAACCCUUUGAGGCUUUCCUGUCCUUUGCCCUGGCAAACACACAAGACACAGUGAGAUUUGUGCAUGUCUACAGCAAUCGGCAGCAGGAGUUUGCCGACACCUUACUACCAGACAGUGAGGCGUUUCAAGGGAAAUCAGCGGUGUCUAUUUUAGAAAGGCGCAACACUGCGGGAAGGGUGGUGUAUAAAACCCUGGAAGACCCUUGGACUGGGAGUGAGAGUGACAAAUUUAUCCUCUUGGGCUAUCUCGACCAGCUGCGUAAAGAUCCAGCUCUUCUGUCCUCUGAAGCAGUGCUUCCCGACCUGACCGAUGAACUUGCUCCUGUUUUUCUCCUUCGAUGGUUCUACUCUGCGUCUGACUAUAUCUCAGACUGCUGGGAUAGCAUUUUUCACAACAACUGGCGGGAAAUGAUGCCCCUGCUGUCCCUGAUCUUCUCUGCCCUCUUCAUCCUCUUCGGCACUGUCAUCGUUCAGGCUUUCAGUGACUCGAAUGAUGAGCGAGAGUCAAGCCCUCCAGGUAAAGAGGAAGCCCAAGAGAAGACUGGGAAGACUGAGCCAAGCUUCACCAAAGAAAACAGCAGCAAAAUUCCUAAAAAAGGCUUUGUGGAGGUAACUGAACUCACAGAUGUAACAUACACCAGUAACUUGGUACGUCUGAGGCCAGGCCACAUGAAUGUGGUCCUCAUCCUGUCGAAUUCUACCAAGACCAGCCUACUACAGAAAUUUGCUUUGGAGGUCUACACAUUUACUGGGAGCAGCUGCCUACACUUCUCCUUCCUGAGUCUAGAUAAACACAGAGAAUGGCUAGAAUACUUAUUAGAAUUUGCGCAAGAUGCAGCCCCGAUCCCAAACCAAUAUGACAAGCAUUUCAUGGAACGUGACUACACUGGUUAUGUCCUGGCUCUGAAUGGCCACAAGAAAUACUUCUGCCUCUUCAAACCCCAGAAAACAGUUGAAGAGGAGGAAGCCAUGGGGUCGUGCAGUGAUCUUGACUCUUCCCUCCACCUGGGUGAAUCCCGAGGGAAACCUUCCUGUGGCCUUGGAUCCAGGCCCAUCAAAGGAAAGUUGAGCAAGCUCUCCUUAUGGAUGGAACGCCUGCUGGAGGGCUCCUUACAGAGGUUUUAUAUCCCAUCAUGGCCUGAACUAGACUGAGAGGAUUUUCAGAAGAGAUUGGAACUCUUCAGACUUUUUAACAUGCCCCUGUGAACAGGUAUUUUCAGGAAUCAAACUACCACAAUGAACAGAGUAUAGAUUUUAGAUUGCUCUUCUAGAACCAUGGCUAGAAGAAUCUUUCCUCUGUCCUGUUCUAACCUAGGAAUGAAAAACGCCACAAGUUUGAAUCCCCUAGAUCAAAAUCUUUUCCUCUGGGUUUUAUUUUUCCCCACUGAAUGCCACACCAUUGAAAAUAGACUGCUCACCCCCUCUUCCUUUCUUGUCCCUGUCCCAUGCUCACCCAACCCUCCUGUCCUGUGUCUUGGAGAAACACAGGGCUCCACCCUGCAAACGGCAUCUGGCGGACCCUCAUGAGCCUGUCGUGCAGGCCGGGUGAUUGGCCCCUUCCCCAGUCCCGGCCCUGCUAUGCUUCUGCCAUGGUGCAUGCUCCUAACCCUGAACAACCCACGGCAGCUUCUAGCCCCGCAUCUGGAAAAAGGCCCCUUUCCAAGCAAUCUCAUAUUUACUGGUUGUUCUGGGAAUAAGUGGCUAAAUGUAUAUUUCGGGGGUAUCCUCCAACAACCGUUUGUUGGCCACAGUUUGAAAAGGAAAGGAAUGAGCGGGAGUUCUGCAUGUGAGUUCUCAAGAAAAGGAAAGGGAGGCUGAGCAGUGGCUGAAGCGAUGCAGCCUUGAGACAUGCUGUGAGCGUCCCAUCCGCCGCCCCAGCGCUGCUGGUAGCCAGGGGAGGGGUCUGCACAGUGAGAAGUACUGUGAUGACUUUGAGCCGUUGACAUGUAUGUUUUCAGAUGCCUUUCUGCCUCUAUUGAUUUUAGGGUGUGGAUAUUAGGAGCCAUAGCUUGUAAUCUUGUUCUCUGAAUGUAGAGAUAAGCUGCUAUGUAAAGCCAGUAGACGUUAAACUGAAGAGAAACUAUUCUCACCUGCUAUGAGUCAGGCUCAAGGAACCUCCUCACUCCAAUAGUGUCUCUUUAGUAAAAUACCAAACAUGUCUUUGUAUCAAGGAACUUAAAAUUUCUCAACAAUUGUAUUUUGAACACUGUUACCCUAAAAGUGCUGUCUCUUCAAGUCAUCUUUUGCAGCAAGUGAGCCAAGACUUGUUCUAGACUCCCAUUUUGCAAAAGGCUUACUUUCCACUUCUGGCCUAUAUUUUGAUGUCUCAUCUUCAUUGUUUUCACUCUUAACUUACAGCUGCUUCACCAGUAUCGGGGUGAGACUGGCCAUCAGCACCUGAGCGUACUGAGCUCCAGGAAUAGUGGACCCCAGCCUGGCUCAUACCAGCCAGUUAGCUACCUUUUAUUUUUCAGGGCAGAACCACCAAUAGUUCUGAGUUUGAGUUUGGACAGUUUCAAAGAGUAGUCCGUUCAAAUGUCAAAGCAAGGUGCCUUUGGUGGCUUUGUGAAGGUUGAAAAUCAGUGAUGGGACAUUUACUAAGUUAGUAUUUCUUUUUUUUUUUUUUUUUUUGAGACGGAGUUUCGCUCUUGUUGCCCAGGCUGGAGUGCAAUGGCACAGUCUCGGUUCACCGCAACCUCUGCCUCCCAGGUUCAAGCAAUUCUCCUGCCUCAGCCUCCCUAGUAGCUGGGAUUAUAGAUAUGUGCCACCACGCCCGGCUAAUUUUGUAUUUGUAGUAGAGACAGGGUUUCUCCAUGUUGGUCAGGCUGGUCUCCAACUCCUGACCUCAGGUGAUCCGCCCUCCUUGGCCUCCCAAAGUGCUGGGAUACAGGUAUGAGCCACCACGCCUGGCUAAGUUAGCAUUUCUUUAAUCAUAAUACUUUAAACUAAGCCACUUGGAUCCUGAAUAAUUUAAAUCUUGAGCUACAUUGGUAAGUAAUAAAUUAUUUAAGGCCAGGAAAUCUGUAGUUUUCAUGGAGUCUGUAGCUUUAUUAAAAAAUAAAUCACUUCCAGGCUUCAUUCUUCCAUAUGAUCCUCUAAAAAUGGACACUUCCUCUGAAUGCUGUAUCUCAUGGCACCUGGUCCAACUAGAAGUGGUCAGGGAAUUCAUUUGGCUCCUUGAUACAUCAGUCCUCAAAAUUACUUUCUGGCUCUUUUAUGGCCAGAUUGCUUAUGUGAGUAGUCUUUUGGUUUGGUAGUAAGUUUUUAUUUUUAAUUUCUGUACUAAUGAAAUUCCUGACUUUAAUUUCUAAAAACCAAAAACUCUCCAAGUUUAUUUAUUUAUAUUUUUUUAAAUGGAGACGAGGUCUUGCUGCGUUGCCCAGGUGGGUCCCAAACUCCUGGCCUCAAGCAGUCCUUCCACCUUGGCCUCCUAAAGUGCUGGGAUUAUCAGUAUGAGCCACCAUGCCAGAUUCGUUCAUUUUUUAAAAUUUUUAUCUCUUCAAGUCAUCUUUUGAUCUUUUAAAAAGCACCUUCAAACAGCUGCGCCUUCCAUUUGCACUAGGAAAGGAAAGUAGUGAUGGGGUUGGCAAUGUUUCUGGCAAAUGUUUCAGCCCAAAAACUCUUCUACAGACGGGUUUAGAGCUGGUGCCCUAUGAGAAUAUUAGGGAACUUUUAUUUUAAAUGGAACUUUACCCUUGUCCAUACAAGGCAUUCCUCCUGAAUGCAUCCAUGAAUUUGUUUACUUUUGUGUCAAACGUAUGAGCCAUUGUCCUGCUCAGCCUGUGCCACCAUUGCUCUGUCUGAUGUCUGAUAUAUGUAAUCAUACAAGACCCGAUUUUGGUUCUAACACAGUGGUCUCUGACUGUCAACAUUGAUGUUUUUAGAGAUGGGUUCUUCUGGUUGAUACAGACUAUGCAUCGCGUUUAGCAGAUGGGGUGAAACUGGCCUAAAACAAGUCUUUGCAGAAUACAUGCCAAUUU